CAUUCACAUCUGUGAAGCACUUCAAACUCUGCAGAUGCAAAGGUACUGGAGAAGGUGCUGCGAGCAGGCUGUCUCCAGUGUUAAGGCCUGGCACUUCGACAGUCAUGAAACAGGAGAGCGAGAACAAGGAUUGAACUGCUGCCUGAAACAGGAGAAGUGGAUUUCUAAUUGCCACUGAGAACAAGACAGGUUCUCAUUAGCCACCUGCCAUAUCUCACUAAUGAGCCCUUCUGUCUCCUUAAGGGAAUUAAGGCCAGCUGAAUAGUGCAGCCAAUCCCAUGGCCUUCCCGAGGCCUGACUUGCCAAAAGGGGAGGGAGCAGGAUGUACGAGUGAUAUCACCAGCAGUUUAUGGAAAGGGGUAGGAAGAAGAGUUGUUUACAGGUGGAUGAAGUGACCUAGGAAGGAAGUGAUGAUGUGGCCAUUUUGGAGCCUGGACCUGAACCGAAUCCAAUGCGACUUGGGCUUCACAGAAGCCAUCAGUCAAAGCAUGCAGGUGCCCAACAGGCUGAAGGUGGCAGAGGAGCCUGGCCUGUUGGAGCAGGAGAGAACAGCUGAGGAUGUUCCCCCAUCCUUUCAGAUGCACAUCCCUGAUAGGCUGUCGCUGGCAGAGAUAACAGAUGCUGGUCCAAGGCCAUUGCUGGUCCCACAUGAUGGGGAAAACUCCUCUGUCUUGCAUGAGCCCCUGAAUUCCUCUACCCAGCCUUCACCACUGAAAGAGCUCCCAUUUCUGAACAUCACCACCAGAUCAGCUGCCCAGAAACGCAAAAGACUGACUUACCAUGUGAGAUCACAGAGGGAGAGGCCACACAGUGAAAAUGCCCAGCUGCCCUGGCAUAAUGGAAGCGAGAGACAUGAUCGGCCAGACACAGGCCAACUGCCCAGCCCCACCCCGCAGUUCCCUCUGUUCAUGCACGGUGGCAGGAUCUACUCCUUGCAGAACAUCUUCCAGAUAAUGUGCUUCCUGAGUCGCCUGCUCUUCCACCAGGUUCAGAAGUCUAUCCAACCCCAAGCCCAACCCAGCUCCCAAGAGGCUGGACCAACUUCAGAAAGUUCCCUGGAGGAGAUAGGCAUGUCUGAGAUCAUAGCAAUGAGAAAACAGUUGAAUAAGAUCUCAGGGAGGCUGCGCAAUCUGGAAGAGCAGUGCACAGGCUGGCAUCAGAAGGAGCUUCUGGUCUACUCUGUGCUGGUCUCUGCGUGUCUCCUCAAUACCUGGCUUUGGCUAAGGAGAUGAAGAACCCUCCCCAUCACAGAACAGCCUGUGUGGAUGGGGGAGUCCUGGCUGGAACACUGUCAGACCAUAAACUCUGUGUUUCUUCCCCUUGGUUGACCUGCUUCUUGAAUUGUAGAUUCCAUGAGGAUCUGUGACCUUUGGGCCCUGUUUGCAGUACAGAUGAAUGGAUUGGGAUAGUCCUCUUUUGCUCGAGAAAGUUGGAAGAUUAGAAGUGAAAGGGGCUUACUUGCUGGAUCAGCUGAAAACAAAGAGAUGUUUGUAACCAAGAACUGUCCAACCCCUUUCAAAUGAUGAACUUUUUGUCUUGCAGCUGUUCUGCCUUGGGCAAUGGCUUUAUCCACCUGUAUGCGCUACUUAAGUAGUAAGUAGUGUUGUAGGUGGGGCUGGGUCAGGACAUGGAUGUGAAGUUACCAAGGGUGACCCAGGGGCUGCAAGAAGCAGUAUUAUUGGGUCAAGUAGGUAGUGCUCAGGGUUUGCACUGAACCAAUCUUCAGCGUGGUGUUAAGGGAUGCUGUGUUGCUGUUGGUGCCAUCCUUCUGAACAGAUGCACAAAGCUGGGGUUCUAAGGGCUUGUGGCCAUCAACAUCCCCAUUGCACGGUGGAUAUGGGCAACCCUGGUCUCUGGCCAAAUUCCAACUUGGGUAGCUAAGUUCUGACACCUAGAAAUUUUCCUGUAGUUUCACUGAGACACCUCUUCAUGUCCUGCCUAAAGUUUUUGUGCUGGCUGGCUGCACAGUUUGAAGUAACAGUUGUCAUGUGGGAGAAAGCUGUACUGCAACAGGGGGCAAAGCCAAUUUGUAAGGAAUGUUGGUAACCACGAGGAUGGAUUGUGGUGUGUAUGAUUAUUGCUAAUGUUCAAGUGUUGUCCAGGAGCCUGGAUGAUAACUUGAGUGCCUGGAUAUCAAGCCCAAAUCAGUGGAAAUCUCAGAGAUGAAUAUGUAGCCUGGGUAAUGAGAUCUGGCUCCAUGUAUUUGAUCAGUUUUGCAGGUUUGGGCUGGGUUACAGAGGAACUGACAAGGUUCUGCUCUGGGUUAUAUGGUGUCUGUUAUGACAAAGGAAAUUCUUGGCUUAGUAUUGGCUAAAAACUAUCAUGUGAUGAAGCUGGAAACCUUUGCCUCAUUCAGUCUUGGAAAUUAUCAGUACUCUAAUCAGGAUCAGUGUUAACUCUCAGAUCCCUUGAUUGGCUUACCAAGGUACACUUUGUUUUCACAGAUAUCUAAUGUCACCCCCACUCAGAAUGGGUGUGUGUGUGUGUGCGCGUGCGUGUGUGGUUAAUGCUAUUUAUACAACACCAACAGAAGCACUUUACAGACUUGUAUGAAGACAGGGUCCCUGCCCUAGAUGGCUUAAAAUCUAAGUUGACUGCAUAGAAAUGCAGGAAUUGAGGUAUAUAUAACUGAAAAGGAUCUGUAAGUGGUCACGGACUGUGUGUGGGGGGUGGUAUAUAAUAACACACUCAAAAUUCAUGGCUAUAAUUGGACAACUUCUAGAUACACUGGUCAGCCUACUUGGAAUACCAGUACCAAUGCAUGUCCACAAAAUCUGGGCCAGAUGGUUAACCCAGGUUUAACUUGGUUUCGCUUGUUCCAUCUAUAAAUAACUGUAAGUGCAAAUUUGGUCAUUUAAAUGUCCAGGUACCUGAUUUAUUGGCACAGAUACUUAGAUGUUCAAAUGAUGCAUGUUGCACCCCUAUCUAUGCCUAUAAAUCUGGUAGUACUUGGAUUUCUAAAUAAAAAAUAACAGUUCUAUAAAUAAUCAUAGGUGCAAAACUCUGCCCCUGAGGCCAAUGUCUAAGCUAAAGAAAAUUUGGAGAUUUACUGCAACAGAAGCUAGGAUCUGCUGAUUGUUCGGGCAACUUCUACUGCAGUCAGGAAAAUACAAGGAAUGGGAUGAGGUGAUUUGUGUUGCUACUACCUACUUUGUUGCUUUGGAGUGGUUGGGCUUUCUCUUGGUCUGCAGAACUUGCACUCCAGCUCCUCUCACUUCUAGUGAGCAGACCCAUGGAUCCAGUGGGAUCUAUCAUUUCAGUCAUCUGUAGUUGAAGAUAGAAUCUGCUACAAUCCCUGCUUGAAUUUUGCUAGCAAUGUUAUGUGCCACUGCAAUGGUUCCCACUUUCCUGUAACUGGAGCCACUGGCUGUAGGAGAUGUUAUUUUCUUUUUCAGCCCACAGCAUGGACUGAAGAGGCCUGAUCCAGUGUGGUGGCCAGGGCCCUCUAGGUCUUGUCAGGCAUUUGGAGAAGAGGGUGGUUCCAAGAUCAGGCAUGUGUUGGCUACUUGGAGGGUAGUUGCUGACUAGUAGCUAGUCGUGCAGUGUAAUUUUUUUGUAUGAGGCCUGCGUCCUGGUUGUGUAAAUCUGGAAAUAACGAUCAAUAAAGAGCCUAUUUAAACACACAUGGCAGAAAAUG